CACUAUCCUCUCAUCACAUCUGUCCCUCAUCUCACCGGAUUAAUCUUGCGUCGACAUGAAGUUCUCAUUCACCACAUUGGCGGUUGCCGCCUUGGCGACCAGCGUUGCCGCUGACGGCUGGUUUGGCACUCCUCACCGUGUAGCAUACAACAAAUGGCAUGAGACCGAGCUCGAGCGCUGGCUCGACGAUUACAGCAUUCCCCACCCCAAGGCUGCUGACCGCAAGGACCUCGAGGAUUUGGUCAAGAAGAACUGGGAGAACAACGUCAUCAAACCAUACAACUCCUGGGACGUCAAGCAGCUCACCAACUACCUCACCUCAAAGGGGUACGAGGCAAAGAAGGGCACCGAGAAGAACGCCAAGAGCUUGAUCAGCCAGGUGCAAGGUUACUGGACAUCCACUGAAGCUCAAGCCGAUGAGGCCUACAGCAACGUUCAAAGCUGGGUCUUCAACACUUGGACCGAGUCGCAGCUCAAGUCAUUCCUUGACUACCAUGGAAUCCCCAACCCUUCGCCUCGCACUCGCGAUUCGCUCCUCCACACUGUCCGCUCCAACUACCAGUCGAUCGCCACCAAGGCCGGAGAGACCGCUGCCUACCCCGGCGACUGGCUCUACACCUCCUGGUCAGAGUCUGACUUGAAGUCCUGGCUCGACCAGCGCGGUGUCCCAGUCCCCCAGCCUAGCUCUCGCGACAAGCUCAUCGCGACUAUCCGCCGUAACGCCUACCUCGCGUCUCAGCGCGCUUCAGAGAACUACGCAUCUGCCACUUCUGCGGCCGCCGGCGCUCAGCAAUCCCUGAGCGACGCUCUUCUCGAGAGCUGGAGUGAUAGCCAGAUCAAGGAGUGGGCCGACAAGAACGGCAUCAAGGUGCCCCAGGGAAGCAAGCGCAACGAGCUCAUCGCUCUCGCCCGCAAGCACUCUGCUUCCCUCACCGGUAACAACGUUGCCUCGUCUGCCUCGUCCGCCUACGGUGCCGCGACUUCCAGCGUCGGUAACUACUACCCUCAAGGCACCAACGCCGUUUACAACCAGGCUCGUUACUACUACGACUACGCUUUGAACCAGAUCGGUUUCGCAUCUGCUGAGGCCAAGGCCAGUUUGAGCUCUGCCAGCGUCGAAGCCGCCAAGACUGCUUCUUCCGCCUCCCGAUCGGGAUCCAGCGCCUCGUCUGUCGCCUCCAAGUCUAGCUCCAGCGCUUCGGUCGCGGCCUCCAAGUCCGCUUCAAGCGCCGCGUCUGUUGCCUCCAAGUCUGGCUCUACCGCCGCAUCUGUCGCCUCCAAGUCUGGCUCCAGCGCCGCCUCUGUUGCCUCCAAGUCUGCCGCUAGUGCUGCUUCCGUUGCCUCCAACUCCGUCAGCAGCGCUGGCAAGCAGGCCUCGAAGAGUGCCAAGAGCGCCGGCAAGGUUGCAUCCAGUGUCUACCAGAAGGCCACCGACCGUGUCAAGGAGGAGCUCUAAACGAGUUCUCCGUGUGAACGCGGCUAUGGCUAAGGCUAAGUCGACUGCAAAGUCGACAAAAA